UGCCCAGGAGAAGGUGUGGUGCAAAAAUGAGCUCGCUGGACAUUGUGCAGUCUCUCCAGACCAAGCAGUUGAUGCUGGACUUGCUGACCACAUCGAAGUUGCCCAAGACCCUGGCAGCUUUCUCCAGGCAGCUAGAGCCAGUCAAAAUCAUCCACUUCUUUAAGUGCAUGGAGUCAUUGUGUGACUACAGCACGGACGACAGUGACCUGUUUUGGGCGCACCUGGCAGUCCACCCAGAACGAACAUUCAGCUGCAGCUACUGCAGCAAACUGAUUGUCAGCGAAUCUUCCCUCGUGAAGCACAUGGUAACAGUGCACGGCUCCUGUGAUUUCCAGUGCCCGUUGUGCUUCUACCGAUCCUGCUCCAAGAUGCACGUCAUCGUCCAUACCUUGGUGGUACAUAGGUCGAGGCUGGUUCGUUGGUACUUGUGCAAAGCAGUGGCACCCAGUGCAGUUGAGCCCAUCUCUCAAGUGGAUUUAACUACCAAGUUUUAUAGAUGUGUUGAAGGUUGUUCAUUUCAUUGCUUAAGCCCAGAGGUGUUUGUGAAGCAUCUUUCUGAAAAGCAUUCAUGCUACCAGCAGUAUACCUGCCACCUUUGCCUCGGGAUGGUAAAAAGUCCUAACAGUCUCGUCCAACACUAUGCGGCUGUCCACUCAUUUCACUUUGUUCAGUGCCUCCACUGCAACUUUGGGCGGGAGACUGCAUGGGAUGUGCUUGUACAUGUUGCCGAGGAGCACGCUGAUAAGCCAUUCAAAGUCCUUCUUCGUAGCAGUGAAGCAGUUGAGGUGUUCAAGAGAGUUCAGGGCCUGUCUAAGGCUCCCAGUCAUGCGGCUAUUCCAUCACCUCCAGUUUCCUGCCCUGCUCAGCCCAUUGCAACAUUGAAUGAAACCGUUGAGUCGGCUUCCGAAUAUCAGCAGGAACUUCCGAGCCCUGUGCUCUGUGGCCUUGGGGAAUGCACACAGACGUUUCCCACUGCAGAGGUCCUUUUGAGCCACCUUACUAAAGACCACCCAACAGAGUUGGAGCUCUCCUGCCCACUGUGUUGCCAGCUCAGAAAUGUACCCUGGGAGGACCUCUGUCUACACAUUGUGGAUGCUCACACUGAACUUGCACGCUGUCCUUACAAGAAGUGUAUAUUUGUGUCCAAGACCCAGCAGGCCAUUGAUGACCACAUCAUGCAUGUUCACCAAAGCUUUGAAUCAGAGGAGAUUGAGGUACAUGGUAAGUCAGAAGAAGCUAUACCACCACAAGCAAAGGAACUCCCAUGCCCUGAAGAUGGUACUGAUAAUUCAAAUGAAACCUGUGGUAGUGCCCAGGAAAUUGACGAAACAGAAACUAAGAAAUUAUACACUUGUAGGAUGUGUUACCAGAAGGCAAUGCAGUCCCAGGAUUAUUUUCGACAUAUGUCCUUUGGUCAUGGUGUUAAGUUUUUUUGUGGCCACUGUGAAAAGGGCUACAAGAGUGGCAAACUGUUGUUACAUCAUCAUGAGAAGCAUCAUCCAGGGAGGCUGGCCUCUGUGAAGAGCUAUGAGCACAACAAUUUUUCUGAGGUCAGUCCAAGCAUUCUUUCGGGUUUUCAGGAAGAGCCACAACAGCUUGUACAUAAGAAGACCAAAACUAUGAAAAGGACAGAUCAUUCCGUUGAAUGCAACAGGGAUAGUGCUUCCAGCCACAGCACUGCCAAGGACAACAACAGAUCUUCGAAGAAACUUGCUAACCAUCCAGCAGAUGCAGGCAAUGUAUCCAUGCAUAUAUUCUGUGGCCAUUGCUACAAAAGCUACAAAGUACUUAAACAUGUCAUCUCCCACAUCAACACCAUUCAUCCGGGCCUACCUUUGGCAAUAAAAAGAAUGGAUAUGGCAAAGUUGGAGGAUGUCGCCAAUGUUGACGAGCUCCUUGAGCGCUCUGCCGAUUCUGGUUGCUACCUGGAAGUUCCCGGCAAAAAUGACAGUGUGGAGAAAAGGGAUUCCCCAGCUGAAAAUAAAACGGACACAAGCCCCGUGUUGCGCCGCCGGAAAUAUUGUCGUCGAAUUGUGGUUAGCAGUGACUCUGAGGAUGAUGUUCCUGAGCCAUGGAAAUUGACCAUUUCCUAUUAUGGCAGGGAGAUUGAACCUGUUGACUACAAAAAUCUCUUUGUUCGUCUUCCAAAAGGCGAUGGAAGAAUUCCUUAUUGUCAACUUGCUGGUGUCCUUAAACUUCAGCCAAUCGUUUUGGAAAAAAAAUUGCGUAACAAGUGGUAGUGUCGUAAUGCUUUUUGCAGCUUGAUAUUUAAUAAACUAAUAUUGGUAAACACUUAACGCUUUCA